UUCCCGUUAGCUUUGUGUUUCUCUCUCUCCUGAAGCUUUUCGCACCAAACCUUCCCCUCUCUCUCUCUCUCUCUCUCUCUCUCUCUCUCUCUCUGACACACGCACUCACUAUGGAUGAUAAGAAGCGAGGAUUGUUCUCCAAGGGAGAUUCUCGGCGAUCAAGAUCCAAAAGCCCGGCGAGAACCGUGUCUCCGAGCAUUCUCCGGCGUCGGAGGGGCCGCCACUUGUCGCACGUGCCGGAGAUGUUGCCGCCGGUUAGGGAGGGGCCUGAUCCAGACGGCGGAGAAUACGCUGGAGGCAGCGGAGAUCACUCGAGGUUCGAGAGUCGGUGGUAUAAUUGGAUGAAGUGUCAGUUGCCGGUGGCUCCGCCGUCGGUCUUGUCGUCUUCCGGUGGCUUCCGACGGACGGAUCUGAGGCUUCUUCUCGGCGUGCUUGGUGCACCGCUGGGUCCUGUGCACGUUAGCUCGCUGGAUUGUUUCCCACACCUCAGCAUCAAGAAUACUCCCAUGGAAACCUCCUCUGCCCAGUACAUACUUCAGCAGUACGCAGCUGCAUCAGGUGGCCAGAAGCUCCAUACCUCUGUCCACAAUGCAUACGUGACGGGAAGAGUCAGGAUGAUGGCUUCGGAGUUCGAGACAGCCUCAAAGGUCUCAAAGGGCAAGAACACGUCCAAGGCCGUCGAGUCAGGAAGCUUUGUGUUGUGGCAGAUGAAUUCUGACAUGUGGUACAUGGAGCUUGUGCUUGGUGGGAGCAAGGUUCUUGCAGGUUGUGAUGGAAAGCUCGUGUGGAGGCACACGCCAUGGCUUGGACCUCACGCUGCAAAAGGUCCUGUUAGACCAUUACGACGUGCUCUUCAGGGCCUUGACCCGAGAACCACGGCGAAUAUGUUUGCAAACGCGAGGUGCAUCGGUGAGAAAAAGAUCGAUGGAGAAGACUGUUUCAUUCUCAAGCUAUGCGCAGACCCGGCGACACUAAAAGCCAGAAGCGAAGGUGCAUCAGAGACGAUAAGGCACACAUUGUUUGGUUACUUCAGCCAGAAAACCGGCCUUCUCGUUCACUUAGAGGAUUCCCAUCUGACCCGAAUCGAAAACAACGGCGGAGAAGCCGUACACUGGGAAACGACUAUCAAUUCAUACCUCGAAGACUACAGAUCCGUGGAAGGAAUCAUGGUAGCUCACUCGGGCCGGUCCAUGGCGACGCUUUUGAGGUUUGGCGAUAUGUCUACGGGACAUAAUACCCGAACCACGAUGCAAGAAGCGUGGGUUAUCGACGAAAUCGCGUUUAAUGUUCCGGGAUUAUCGAUGGAUUGCUUCAUCCCUCCUGCGGAAUUAAGGUUCAAUUCCGGCGGAGAAGAUUUAUCGCAAGGACCGAAGAUAAAGACAAUGCAGGGUUCAUCGGCAAACCGGCAUAAAGCGGUUGCUUCUGAGACAAGGCAUCAAUAGCAAAGAAAACGUGGAACGCAAGAAAUCUCUGUGUAUACUCAUCAAGGAACAGGUAGGGAAUUUCUUUGAAGUUGUAAAUAUUCCGACAGAUGUUUUAUAUACUUCAGAUCUGUCAUUCUACUUUUACAACAACAAAAAAAAUAUGUUAGAGAACUAUUGAAAAGUAAAUGAAUUUCAAUUUUAUGUCCGUUAACGGUUGAGAUAUUUUCUAAUGGAUC